CUGUCAAAGUCAGUCAGUUCGGAAAAUAUGGCGGCUGCGGUGAAUGAGUUUGAGCCAUGGCUUAAUAAUAAAUUAAAAUCUCUUAAAACUGACGAAGGGGUAUUUGGAUCUUACAUAACUGGUAUAUUAGAUAGCGAAGAUUCUAUUGAUGAUAAGAAAGAUGCCCUGGAGGAUAUUCUUUCCGGAAUCGUGGAUAGCGACAUCGCCUUUCAUGUGAAUGAGAUAUUAGAGAAGUGGGAGAAAAGUCGUCCUAAAGACGAGACCCCAAAAACGGCUACAGAUGUUGAUGUCCAGCUAGCAAAAUUAUUAGAAUCUCAGUCGCUUGCUACCACAACUCGUCGAGAAUAUACAGAUGAAGAGAAGAAAAUUCGAGAAGCUAUAUUAUCGCAGUAUAGUCAGCUGUCUGAUAAUGAGGAAGAGAGUGCACAGGAUGAUGAUGCGGACAGUUCUGAUUUAGUCAAAAACACAAAUGCUGCAGAUGUAGCAGCUGCCGCACGUGAACGCCGAGAACAGGCUCGUCAAGAAGCCCAACGAAAAAAAGAGAAAGAUAAGGAAGACAGAGAGAAACAGAAACAACUUAAAGAAGAGAAAAAGGAAAAGCGAAAGACACAAAAAGGUGAACGCAAAAGGUAGCAAUCUAAAUAUGUAAAGUAAUUUAUUAGUUUUAUUAUUUAGUUAUUCCUACAUACUGACGGAAGUGUUUAGAGGACAUUGUUAUUUGUAAGACAAUGAACUGUUUACUGUAUGUAUACAUAAAAUUUGUAUGUGGAUAUUAAUAUCUCACUUUGAUACCAAAAUUGGAAACUAAAUUGCUACAGAAGCAUAGAUAGCCUAAUUUUUAAUUUUUAGUUAAUUAUUUGUAAAAUAUGAUAACAAAGAUUUACUCCAAAAUGUAUACUGAUUGAUUUUUAAAAUAAAAAGAUAUUCAUUAUAUUUAGUAACUUUUUGAUACGACAUUGGAAGAUUUUAUUCCACUGCUUCGUAGCUUUAGAGCAGUAGUUACUUUAUUUGCAGUGAUGUUUGACUUCAAUAAGUGACACCUUAUAAGGUUAUCCAAUAUUAAGAAAACAAAACUGAAGAUCAUAAAUUUCCUAAAGGAAUGUUCCAAUUUAGGUGUCAAAGCCAGUCGGUCUAAUUCUCGUCCAUUUUGUAUAUCAAUGUGAUUAAUAUUUAUAAAUUGAAUAAGUGUAAGUCAACCAUACUGGGAAGUUGAUAAUGAACAUGUAUGAAACAAUAAGAUUAUAUGAAGUAUUUAAACGUAAAUCCAAGUGAUGAUAGCUUUCAUCACUACACAUCUGGUAACAUUAAGAUGGCGGUGUAAACGAAUUUAAAGUAUUACUAUCAAAUUGUAUUGAUUAUAGACAAGGCAGGUAUUCAUUAAUAAUCAAUGUACUUAUUAUGGCAGUGUUUCUAAUUUCACACUGGGAUGUGUAAAUCAACAAACAUGACAUAAUAACAGAUAGCACUCAUGUCAGGAAAUAAAGUUUAUUAUUUCCUAGAAUAAUAUUAAAACAAAUUUAAUAAC